CAGUUCUUGACAUACACUUCGGGUGUUGAUAAAUAUGGACUUCAAAACCGGCAUUCUGGUGUUCACCCUUCUCAUUGGAAGCUUUGCCCUUCCAACGCCCGAAGAUGAUUUGUCCAUCUUCUUCGACCACACCGAGGCCAACGCUCGUAUCGUCGGUGGCACUCAGGCAGCAGCCGGCAGCCACCCUCACAUGGUAGUUCUAACUACCGGAACACUAAUCAGGAGUUUGGUUUGCGGAGGUUCCUUGAUCUCUCAACGCACUGUUCUGACUGCAGCUCAUUGUAUUAGCCAUGUGUUCAGCUUUGGAUCUCUGUCUAGUUCUCUCCGUGCGACUGUUGGCACCAACCGCUGGAAUAGUGGAGGUACUUCCUACAGACUGGCUCGCAACGUGACCCACCCCAAUUACGUGUCUGCUACCAUUAAGAACGACAUCGGUGUCCUCAUCACCUCCUCCAACGUGGCUCUCAACAACCUGGUGCAGGUCGUACCCAUCACCUACAACUUCAUCGGUCAGGGAGUUCAGGCUAGAGUUGCUGGUUGGGGUAGAAUCAGGGCUGGUGGCUCCCUCUCUGCUACUUUGUUGGAACUGACAACUCAUACCAUCGAAGGUAACGACUGUGUGGAUCGUGCAGCUCGCGCCGCCAUUGAACUCAACGUUAGGAAUGCUCCCCACGUUGAGCCCCAUAUUGAGGUCUGCACUUUCCACUCCACUGGAUUCGGUACUUGCAACGGUGACUCUGGCAGUGCUCUGCGUCGUGUUGACAACGGCCAGCAGUUCGGUAUCGUGUCCUGGGGCUUCCCAUGUGCUCGUGGAGCUCCUGACAUGUUCGUCAGGAUCAGCGCUUACCAGAACUGGUUGAGUUCUGUCAUCGUUUAGGAUACAAAUAUAGAAUGCCCUCGUGCGAACGUGCUUUGAUUGGUCUGUAAAUAAUAAUGUUAUCUGUUUUAAAUGGC